AUGAAAAACCUAUCCAUCUUUAUGUUUGUGUUUAGCCUUUGCAUGUUUGGCCAUGUAUCGAGAGCAAGAAUCAGGAUCGCGAACGAGCUCAAAUUCAAGAAAAACCUCUGGAUGAGGUGUUAUUCUAAAGAUGAUGUAUUAGGUCCACAUAUAAUACCAAUCGGAGGACAUUUUCUAGAUUAUUUUGGCACUAACUUUUGGGGUACCACCCGUUUUAUGUGUACUUUGAGACAAGGUCCUAACUAUAUACACUAUCAAAGCUUUACGGCAUUCAAGCUUUUCAUCGUCGUGGUCCAAGUCUUCUCCAAUGAGCAAUCAGAACGAAAGAGUGGCGGCCGCACCGUUUCAGGAAGCCGUGGAAUCUCCCGCUCAACGGAUUUUGUGGGAGCGUCUCAGAACUUACGACCAUUCGUUUCCCUUGAUGAUGAUGCAUAUGGUUAUAUGUAUGGAAUCCGCAAUACUCUAUUAUCGCGUGCUAAAGACGGUAUAGAGUCUCACAUGUUGCAAUAUGUGAUUGCCAAGGGUUUAAAGGAGACAAUUGAUAAGAUAUUUGACAAUUUGAUCUCACAUGUAUGUGAAUUGAUGCUUGAUUAUUAUGGCCAUAAAGUCUUUCGAAAGCUUAUGGAGAAAUGCACCGAUGAACAGAUCACUCGGGUUUUGGAUAUAGUCCUUGAGGAACCUUUUGAAUUUGUUAGGCUUUGUGUCCAUACACACGGAACACAUGCAAUACAAGGUUUGAUGCGUAGUCUUUGUUCUGAAGAGCAAAUAUCUCGGUUCAUGGAAACUCUAUGCUAUGUUUCACUUCUAUUGACCAAGGACGUUAUUGCUCAUCGUGUGAUUUUGUUCUGCUUCAAUCAAUUUUCUCCUUCACAUACCAGAUAUCUUCUUGAAGUGAUUGUUCAAAAUUGUUAUCAAGUUGCAAUAGAUCAAAAUGGAUGUUGUAUGCUUAAAAAAUUGAUUAGACAAUCCUCUCGAGAGCUAAGAGACCCUUUGAUUAAGGAGAUAAUCAGUAUUGCUGUAAGAUUAUGCGGGAAUUGCUACGGUACUCUUACACCAAAAUCUCUAUUGGUCAGAAACUACGUGGUGCAAUAUUUGUUGCGUUUGAAAGAUUAUGAGGUGACAAGUGCUCUCUCGAAACAUCUUGAUGGAAAUUACGUGCAACUCUCUUAUGACAAGUAUGGGAGUCACGUGGUGCAGAAGUGUUUGGAAAGUAGAGAAUUUUCCUCCAGGAGGAUCAUAGCGGAGCUGCUAAGUGACAUUGAUUCACUUCUUGUAGAUCCAUAUGGAGAUUAUGUGAUUCAAACAGCGUGGAUUGUAUCCGAGGUAAGAGAUAAACAUGAUGAUUCGGAGUCGUUUUAUGUGGAUUUUUACCAACUUAUAUUGUGGUUGGUGUUUUGUAGGAUCAUGUGCGACAUGUAUUGUUGUUCUAUAUAA